CUGACCGUCUGCCAAUCACCUUCCCCUUCUGCUCUAGUUCAUUUACUUUCUUCAGCCCUUUCACGUCACCCAAGGAGAAUAUAAUCCUUGACAUGGUUCCCUCGAAAAGGGCGCAUGAACACUCGGAGUGGAAUAAAUACUGAAGCAUAACCCAAUAGCACUCCGUCUCACUAACAGGAAAAAAGUAUAUAUAGAAAACUAUAUAACCUGGAAAAGUUCCAUCCGAAAACGCCACCAAAAAAGCAUCUCCCCAGGGAAAGACAAACAAAGAUGAAGAUCCGCGCCAUUACCCACAAAGACCUCGGACCAAUCACAAACAUCAACGAAGGAGCAUUCAAAGACGACGAACUCAAUGCCUUCUUUUACCCAGGCAAGGAUAAAUACCCCGGUGAUUUGCGGAGAUAUCAGAUUCUGCGACUGCGCACGAGAUUCGUGACAAAGGGCAUGCAUGGGGUCGUGGUGGAGACCGAGGGAGACAAGCCGGAGAUUGCUGGGUAUGCAAUGAAUUUGAGGUUGGGGGACGAUGAGGAGGCGGGGAAAUGGAUGGAGGAUUCUUGGGGGUGUGCCCUCGAGCGUACCCUCCUAAAGCUAGAAGGCUGGUACGACAGAACCUUCACCGACCGUGCCCGUUCCUCGAAAAACAUACAACGCUUUCAAACCGCCAGCGGCUGGAACUCUCUCGACGUGUACAAGAACCGCUGGCACAUCUCGAUUCUCGCCGUCUCGCCCGCGCACCAACGCCGCGGCGUCGGAGCCAUGCUCGUGCAGCACGCGCAGCGUCUCGCUGCUGAAGACAGGGUCCCGCUCACGCUGGAGAGCAGUAUGAUGGGGAAGGCUAUGUAUAUGAAGCAGGGGCUUGAGGUUGUGAGUGAGGUGAAUGUUGCGGAGGGGUUUGAUAGCAUUUGUAUGGCUUGGGUUCCUGAAGGGUUAGAAGGGAUUAGGGAGAGAGUGUAAGGGAAGUCAGUGGAGGGGUGAGUCGCGUGCUAUGACAUCUGAUGGGGAUGAUGGGUCGGUUCGCGGUUGAAGUGUAUUGGAGUUUGCGUUUCAUAGAUGGGUUUUGGCGGGGUUUGU